GGGCCCCAGGGCCAGGGGACAGGCGGUGUGUAGCGGGAUGGGGGCGAAAACGCCCGGGCGCUGGGGUUCCCAUAAACAAGGGGAGCAGAGCAAAAGAACGGGCGGGGGGCCACGCUGUGUGUAACAGGGAGAGGGAUGAUGCUCCUGGAAGAGGUGAACACGAGGAGAAAGAGAGAUGCCAGACGUACACAGAAAGGAGGGGAAAGUGGGCUUGGGAGAGGUGCUGUGGGAAGCGGAGUCCCGGAGCCUGGUGUGCAUAACGGGGUUUGGGAGAAGGCCCCUGAUGGGUACAGAAAGAAGUUAACGAUGUCACCGCCAUAUAUGGGCGGGGGGGAGAGAAAAGGGGCCUUUGGGGAGAAUGUAGCAGGUAGCCAGGUUGCGGGGGCGGGGUAUACAGAAGGAAGGCAUUUGAGCCAUUUUGGGGUGUAUAGAUGUAGUAAGACGAUGGGUUCCGUAGUGGGGAGAGAUGGCUAGACUUCGAGGUGCUAAGUGUAGGAACAGGAUGGAAAAGCCCUAGUGAAAUGUGGGGAAUUGGGUUAGUGGGGCUCUGGGGAGGUACCUAGAGAGGAAGUGAGGGAGGCCACGGAAUAUGAAGAUGGGGAGGCCCUGCGGCAUGUAGUGGGGACGGAGGGCCAGGAGGCCGAUGCGGGGGCCGGUGGGGGGGUGGGGGCGGCAAAGGGAGGGGAAGUAAACUGAACUGGGGCUGGGCAACAGGAAAAAAGAAGAAACCACAGAUUAGAGAAAUCUCGGCGGUCAGGAGGCCCGGGGUCUAAGAUGUAAAGAGCUGCCGCUCCAGAUGCUGCUGCUGCCGCCGCGGCCACCCCACCCUCGGUCCUCCUCUCCGGAGGCCAUGGACCCACCGCCCCCCAAGGCUCCCCCUUUCCCCAAGGCGGAAGGCCCCUCCUCCACUCCUUCCUCGGCGGCGGGGCCCCGACCCCCGCGGCUGGGCCGCCACCUCCUCAUCGACGCCAAUGGGGUCCCCUACACAUACACGGUGCAGCUGGAGGAGGAGCCCCGGGGCCCGCCCCAGCGCGAGGCGCCCCCAGGAGAGCCCGGCCCUCGCAAGGGCUACAGCUGCCCGGAGUGCGCCCGUGUCUUUGCCAGCCCUCUGCGGCUGCAGAGCCACCGCGUGUCGCACUCGGACCUCAAGCCCUUCACGUGCGGCGCCUGCGGCAAGGCCUUCAAGCGCUCCAGCCACCUGUCGCGGCAUCGCGCCACGCACCGCGCCCGCGCCGGGCCGCCGCACACCUGCCCGCUCUGCCCACGCCGCUUCCAGGACGCCGCGGAGCUGGCGCAGCACGUGCGCCUCCACUAAGCUCGAGACCCGGCCUGUGCUGCCCUGCCCGUCUCAGGGCCACCAAGUCUGACCCACACAGCGUCACUCACUCCCACACACACCCCCUGGCUCUGCUGAGGUUACUGCCUUACCCUGGGCCUCAGUUUCCCCACCUUCCAAAGGGAGGAGCAUCAUUCCUUCCUUACCCCCUUUCUAGCUGUGUGAUGUAGACCAAAGUCGUUGCCCCUCCCUGGGCCUGGGAACCAGUCGGAACUGGGUUCCAGUCCAGCUGUGCUGUGUGAGCCUGUGCAAGUGACAUGACCUCUCUAAACCUUGGUUUUCUGCUCUCUGGAGCGGUGAACCGGUGGUUGUCUGCGGGAAGAGAUGAUAAAGAGCACGGGCACGGUCUGGUUCAUUUCUGUAUCUAACCCCUUCCGCCCACGCCCCCGACCCUUUGCUCAAUAAACAUUCCGCACUCCA